UUUGAAAGCAGUAUUUUGUAUUUACUCAGGUUAAGUUAUCCAAUAUUCAAAUUUGUUUGAUUACCGGAAACACUUAAGUGGGACAAAAAAGCAACAAAGAAGACAUCGGUAAGGCAGCAAAUAAUUUUCUACUGCAAUGUAUGUACAGUUAUUAGUAAGAUGUCAUUAGCUAAGAUAUUAAUAGGUCUCUUCCUAAAAGGUUUAAAUAGGACCAUGUGAAAAAAAGAAUCUUUAAAUAUAUGCAGGGAUACUUAAACCAAAACAAAGCUAUAAUUAAUAGCAGAGUACUGUCAGUUUUUCAGUGUCAAGGCAGAGAGGAAAAGGCAGAACAGAACUACUUGAGACCAGCAGCUGCAGAGGACAUGCGCAGAGAAAAAUCAAACAAAUCCCAAACUGAAGAUGAAUCAAGUCACUCAGGAGAGGAUACUACCAAACAGUCUCCUAUUUCAGAUCAAACUGAUUCGGCUGAAAGCACAGAUGAUGAAGAAAAUAAUGAUCCAACAGACCAACUCACUAUUUCACAUAAAUUACAGCAUACAGAAAAGACAUCUGGCACAGAUAAACAGUCAGAUGAACAAAACGGUACAGAAAAAAAGAACGAUUUUACCAAAGCUAAACUUUAUCAGGUUGACAGACCAGAUAAGGACGUAGAUGUUAACCCUGGUCUAGACUCUACAACAUCUCAGCUUGAUUUAGAUCUCUCUAACCUGUUGUCAGCCAAAGAAAUUUCAAAUGCAGAUAUGUGGGAGGUGGGAGCGUCAGAAUAUGAGGGAAAAGAUCAACAAGAUGAUGCCUUUGAAGAUAAGGAGAUUGUUAGCUCAGAAGGAGAGGAGGAUGCUGAAGUAGCAGAACCAGUUCAGAGCCUUCAAUAUUUUGCUCAUGGUAACAUGGAUAUCUGUGCUUCAGAGCUUGGAGGAAUAAAAAGAACAUUAGAAGAUGGCAUCUAUCAAGAUGAUGCAUAUGCUGCUGAAGAGGAAGAAACUAUGAAAUAUCAGCUUGAAGAAACUGAUGUUGAAUUACUCCCAUCUCAGUAUGAAAUCCCUCAGGAAAACCAUCAGGAAGCAGAGAAUCAUGCACAAAAACUAAAUGAGAGGGAAACAACAGAAACUGAAGCUUCUUAUGAAGAAACCAGUAAAAGUUUAGCUCACUCUGAGAAUUCCUUAGAUAACAGGGCUAUACAAAAGGAAGAUUCAUUGGUUGAGAUGAGCUUUGAGGAUGUUCCAGAGGAUCAGUGUAUUACUGAUGUUUUGGAAAAAAACUCUGAGGAAGAUGCUUCAAUAGAGGUUGCACCGAUUAAUAUAUCAGAAUUGCCCCAAAAAGAGGAGUUCAAGGAGCUUACAACAUGUUCAACAGUAAUGUUUGCUGCAGAAUAUCAACAUAAAACUGAAAUGGAGAUCAUCAAGAGGGAAGUUAUCUCAGAAGAGGAGGAACUAAGCUAUCGCGCUGCCUUUGACACAUUAAAAGAGGAAACAAAUAAUUUAAAUUAUAGUAAUGAUGGUGAAAGGGAGUUAGGUAGUAAAACCCCUGAAUUGGCAAACAAAAUUAAAGAUCAUGAAAAUGAACAUAUAGAGGAGAUACCUGACGUAAAUAGAGAGACGGAAGAAAAAAAGCAGUCAAAUGAGCAGGACGAUAAAGAAGAUGAGACAACAGACGUUUCUAUAGAAGGCUACAGUAAGAUGGAUGACCAGGAAAUUAAUAAUAGCAGGGUGAUACAAAACCCAUCACAGCUCAUUGAAUUAGAUAUGUCAGUGACUGGAAUCAUGACAGAGGAUGAAACCUUGGAGGAAAAUCAAGAACAUUUACUGCAGCCUAUGGCACAAAGUCCCAAAACCAUUGGGGAAUCACAGUCAGAGGAUGUCAGGGAAGAAAAGUGGGACACAUUUAAACAAGAAGAGGAAAUGGCAAAUUCUGAAGUGCAAGAACAGAGUGAAGAACCGGGGAAAGAGGAGACUAUCACCCCCACUGGUAGUGCUGAUUGGACAGCUGCUGACCGUACGGUGGAGGAAAGGCCUGCUGCGUUUGAGAAGGACACCUCAGCGUCUGCAAACAAGAGUGAUAAGGUAAUCUUGGUUGUUAGAUAAAAUUGUACAAUCAUUGUUAUGAUGCAUUUCACCCUUUACCUAUGCUUUAAAAUUAUACAACUGUUAAAUUAAUCGAAGGAUCUUCUGUUACCCUCAAUAAAUUUGAAUAAAUGUCCCUUAUUGCAUAGAAACCGCCCACAUUGUGCAGGUAUUAACAAGGUCCUGGCAUAAUUCUAGCCUGAUGUUUGAAUAUUGUUCUUAUCCCAAAUGGUAGAGCUCAUUUAAAUUGUUCAUUUUCCAGACAUGACAAAAUAAUGUCCUUCUGUUCUUGCAGCUCUCCUUGAGAGGUUCUUGCAGCUUGUUCUUGACACAUAUUCUGGACAGAACUUUUUUUGUGUGUGGUGUCAGACAUGAUUAGUCAGAAAUUUUAAUUGGGCGUGGUUACUACACAGACAAAUUCUGCAGUGAGAGGAGCCUAUGAUGACUUCCCAGACGUUCUUGUUUAAAAGUAUAAAAACUUCCAGCCCAGAUAGAACUUCUUGUAAUUUAUUCAUUCUUGCAAAGUAUGUACAGGUCUUAAGGUUCUGGAAUGGCCCAGACCUCAACUUUAUUUAAAGUUUAUGGGGCGGGUCUGUGCCAGGAAAUGAAACAUUUUAAUGAACUCUACCAUUUCUCAACUAUCCUUGCAGAGUUAUGCUAGAAGCAUGUUAAUGACUACAUAAAGGGUAAGUUCUUUCUGUAGUUCGUAAGAGACAUUUAACCAAAUAUUAGUGGUUAUAAUUUAGUUUAUAAUUUUUCAAAAGCAUUGAGGCUGAGUAAUAUGUUCAACUCAAAGUGAAAAUGGUUCAAAUAAAUCAUUAAAACCCCAAAAUUAUUAUAACAUAAUAACCAAUGAUAGGUGUAGAUCAAUUUCUGAAAGAAACUUUGACCUAUUAAUGAGCCCGUAUAGGCACUCAACUCUCGGGAUAUAGAUGUUUGAAAAUAUCUCCAAAAUAUUUCAUUUUCUGUAUGAUGUGUCGUAGUCUCUGUGGUACUUUAAAUGCCAUUUUACUUGUGAUUAUAUAGAAAUGUCUUUCUCAGAACGAGGCGGUUUUCAUCCCUCUGUAUUGAUGCCUGUUGGCUUGGUAAAUAAAAAAAGCUGCCUGCACCAGAUCAAGUCUCCUCCUGGGAGCCACCCAGGAGCAGCGCCCCCAGAGUGAAACUUGUAUAAUCUGUCAGUGUAAAAGAGCGACUAAACAGUUUGUCUCAAACAUUUUUAGUGCUGUCAGAGGUAGAACCCCCAAUUUGAUUGAACAAGCUUCUUUGAACAUGAAGGGAGGGAGUGUAGGAAGGGGUACUGAGAAUGUUACUAUGGUAACUCCCUCAACAUGUACGUGUCGUUAUGGAUUUAAUAGAAGAUGUGAUGCUGAUAGUUGCUAGGCACCCUCUGUAUCAGUAAUCUACCUUGUAGAGCUGUUUUUAACUCGCUGUGUAAUAAAGUAUAACCCCUAACUUUAGGUAAAACAAGCCACUUUUUUAACCUUAAGACAGCCACGGCAACACUUAAAUAUUUCUUAUUACAUUUCCUUAACUCUGCCUAAAGUAAUCAGAUGGAUAAAAACAGUAUUUUGAAAUGUACCCCAUAAAUCAAACAGAUGUGAGCAGAUUAGCUGCAUAUUCAUUACAAUCAAGUAAAAGGUGUUUACAAUUUCUAAAUAUUGAGCUAUUGAUUAUCAGAGCUACUCAGCUCAGAGCUGUUAGGCAUGUGCCGCAAUUACCGUGAUGAAAUGCUCUGCAAAUUGGAAGCAUUACGUUGCUGUUUGACAUAUAACGCGGAUAAAUGGAUGUUUUUGCUGGUCCUAGCCCCCGUCUUGUCUGUGAGGCUUGCAGAGGAGUGUGGGCGGCCGUACCAGCUGGGAUCAGAGGGAUGGAGAGAGCUGUUAGUUCUCUCUGCCUCUAAUAAAUUUAUAACACCUCCUAACGCAAAAAAAACCAAAAAAAAAA